AUGGCGGUGGUUGAGACAGUGAGGGUGGCGUGGCGGUGGGGAGGGGAGGCAGAAAUAGAAGGAAGUGUGGUGGAGAUGAAGGAUCUGGGAUUCUGUAACAUAGGAUGCAACAAUUCCACUAGUCAUGUCACGACCCAUGACCUCCGCAGCCAACAUCGAACUGUAAUCUCCCAAGGUGAGUUCUUGAGUGCUUCUCUGCUUGAUUUGCCAUAUCUAAGCUAUUUAGACUUGAGUCAAACUGAUUUCAGGCAAAUUCAAAUUCCUGAGUCCAUUGGUUCUAUCGUUAGUCUUGAACAUGUUGACCUACCUAAUGCCAACUUUAGGGGAACAAUUCCUGAUCACCUUGGAAACCUCUCACGGUUGCAGUCUCUUGAUUUGAGUGGAAACUCAAAUUCUCUCCAAACAAACAACCUUAAUUGGCUUCGUGGCCUUUCUUCUCUGCUGGUCCUUGAUUUGGGUGGUGUUGACCUUAGUAAUGUCGCGGAUUGGCUUGAUGCAAUAAAUAUGCUACCUUCUCUGGUUGAGUUAACCUUGUUUACUUGUAAAUUGCAGAUUCUUCAACCAACUCUACCGUAUGUCAAAUUCACCAAACUUGAACUUGUUGAUCUUUCGUUGAAUAGUUUUAAUUCUACAAUGCCUAGUUGGCUGUUCAGCAUCAGCCAUAGUCUUGUUUCUCUUAAUCUCAGCAGAAGUCAGUCGCAAGGUUUGAUUCCAAACACCUUUGAAAACACAUGA